AUGAGUUCCACUGGUGGUUGGAAGAAAAAACCUUCAACAAGCACACCAUCACCACCACUCCCGAAACGAAGCACUUCAUCCAAAGGUCGUUCUUCAACAAAACCAAAAAACAGCAAUCCUCUCAAUCUCGUUUCAAGUCAAGAUUCUUCGAAUUCUGUUCGGAGCAGUUUUUCUCUCAGUCCUCCUAUAUCUUCUCUCUCACCUAAUGACAAAAAGAGAAAAUCCAAAAUCAUUGAUGAUGAAGAAUCGGAAGAGAAAAAUCAAAAGAAGAAUUACUCUAAAAAAUCAUCGACGCAAAUUGGGAAGAAGCCUAGCAAUAAUUUGAAGUCUCAUGUUAUUGAUUUAGAAACAAGCUCAUCCGAUGAUGAAAAUGUCAUCACGUUGGAAUCUGUAAAUCAACAACGAAAAAAGAAAAAAUUUGAAAAUACCACAACAACAAGCACGGCCAAGUCAUCAAAGCAUUCAAAAAUUAUUGGCGAUGAGGAAGAAGAUGAUGAGUUUGAUCUGGAUGACGAAACGAUAGCCAUGAUUUUGAACGAACAACAGGCCAAAACAGAACAUGAAUCCAAUGAUGAGUCUGUUAUUGUACAAAGAGAGAUCUCUGAAGAUUGGUGCGAGAAAUAUGCUCCCACUGAUCCUUCAGAGCUACUCAUUAGCAAAAAAUUUGUUUCACACUUUGAAAAUUGGUUAUGUAAAUAUCCAUCGCCGGACUCGAAGAUCAAAUUUGAAAACAAACCUUGCAUUGUGACAGGAAGCGGAGGUUGUGGAAAGAGAAGUCUAAUUUAUUUAAUGAUUCAAAAACAUUUUGGGUUUAACCGAUUGCAAGUUUAUCAUCCACAAAAAGUUAUGAAAAAAUUAAUGGAUGAGAAAAAACAACAAUUUGACAGCGACUCUACAUGGCUAACCAAUAAGGAUGAAACAGAUUUAUUGGACAUUUAUUUAAAAUCUACAGAAGGAGCACUUCUCAGUACUAGGUAUCAUGAACACGGUGGACAAGAAGGGCUUACAAAAGGCCCCAAUCCCAACAUGGUCAUUGCACACUUCAGAGAAUUUAUGCGAUCAUGUAUUAUCAAGAGAGCUUUAAAUUUUACCAAACCUACUUUCGAUUCUGAUGUCUCUUAUUUAAGCAAAUAUAUGGACCACUCUAGCUAUACACCAGACAGUACACUGAAUGAAUAUGAUGUAGAAAUUGUUGUAAUUGAAGAACUACCACCAGUACACACGAAACAUCAAAAAGAAAAGUUGUUUGAAGCACUCAAUUACUUUUUAUCAUUGUUGAGAGAUAUUGAUGUUAGAAAACGGAAACGGCUCAUUAAGAUUAUUAUCAUCUCGGAAUAUUCGAGUUCAUCCUCUGCCGAAUAUGACAUUAUGGUAAACUUACCAAGAGACUUCCUUGAUCAUUGUGAAAUUGUAAAAAUUCCAAAGGUUACUGACAAUAAGAUUUUGAAAAGGAUUAAGGAAAUUUGUAAACAAGAGCGAUGUUCAACAUUUAUUGAUCAAUCUGAAUUUGAAGAAAUUGCAGAGUGUGCUAAUGGUGAUUUGAGGCAAGCCAUUCAUCAAGUUCAAUUCUUUGCGAGAGGAGGAAAAAAAAAGAUGAAAGAUUUAUUUGAUAACAAGAAGAAAAAGAGCAAGGAAAAAGAAGAAAUUACCAAAGUUUUAAAGAUUGCCGAAAAACGAAAAACGAAUACGAAAAAGGACGUCAUUUACAAAACCAAAGACAGUUAUCGAGACAGUGGUACCACGAUUCAUCACGCUGCUGGUCGUAUACUGUAUGGAAAACGGUUAUCGAAUGGUCAAGUUGAGUUUCAUUUGGAAAGAGAUGUCUUGGAUCUGUACCGAACUGAAAAAAACACAAGUGCACAAACCCUUACGAACUAUGUACAAGCAAACGCUCCAUAUUUUUGUGAUGACAUUCAAGCAGUGGCAGAUUCCUUGGAUAGCUUUUCAGAAUGUGAUUCUCAGUAUGGAAAACGAUUUGAAGCGUCCUAUGAAGACCAUCAACUGACCACCAAUUGUUCACAGUACCAAUUUUUGAUUUCAUCCAAAUCCAUUCUCUAUAACUAUCAAGGAAAGGUCAAAAAAUUUGACAGCAAAAAAUCAAUACUUGCUCCAAAAGUUGUGAAAGCACUGUACAAGACACGAGAAGAGAAACUGAAACAACUGUUAUUAUAUUUGCAAUGUGAAGAUAAGGAUUCUGCCAUGUUGGAAAAAGCCAAUUUCUGCGCUCUUCCAUUUGAUCAAGUUGCCACUUUUUCGAACCUAUUUGAAAAAUCAGACAUUUUUGAAUGUCAAAUUCCCUAUCUACUAGAAAUUCUAAAAAAAUCAAAUCAAUUAGUUCCUUAUGCAGUGAAAAACACAGCAUUACGAAACAUGCAUAAUUAUCCCCUACAAGGAACGACUGGUUCCAAGACAUUAUUUAUGAGCUCGGACGAGUACGAAACUUUGGAUCUUGUUGUGAAUUCUUCAUCUCCUGGAAUGAAUCAACAAUCAUUGUCACAACAACAAACAUCCAAUUCAUUCAGCCCUUCAUUAUUAGGAACGGAUUCAGGAAAUUCUUCGUCCACUUUUUCAUCAACCAAUUCCUCUCUUUUUGAAUCCAUUCUUCCAACCUUAUUUAACCAUCUCUCGCUUGGAAAGAAUAUGAAAGAUGAGAAUAUCACCUACAAACUUCCUCCAGGUGAGGAUAUUGAGAUGGACAGUGAGUUGGAAAUUGAUGACGACAUUCUUGACUUGGACCUUUAG